AUGGCAAAGGUCGCGGAGGCUGAUUUCAGCAUCAAACCAGAGAAUAUCACGCCUCAGAUCCCUACUUCUGAGUGGCCGCUGCUGUUGAAGAACUAUGAUCAACGCAAGUCCCCAAACGGAACACUUGACCCCAAAGUGACAGGAUGCUUGAUUGUCUGUAUCGACCGAGCUACUAGAUUGGUGAAAUCGCAACAAGGUGCUGGGAAAGAAUACGUCUGCGUCAUCCGACUACACGACAAAUUGCCUGGAGGAGAAGCGCAGUUUGCUCGAGCACUCGAAACAUUGACGGGUGCUCUGUUUCAACGACCUCCCCUCAUUUCUGCAGUCAAGCGACAGCUCCGUAUUCGAACCAUCCACGAGAGCAAGCUGUACGAAUUCGACAAUGACCGGCAUCUUGGCGUUUUCUGGGUCAGUUGCGAAGCUGGAACCUAUAUCAGAACUCUCUGCGUACACCUGGGAUUGCUGCUGGGUGUUGGUGCGCACAUGCAGGAAUUGCGAAGAGUAAGGAGUGGAGCUAUGGCUGAGAGCGAUGGGAUGGUGACGUUGCACGACGUUCUCGAUGCGCAAUGGAUGAUGGACAACAACCGAGACGAGUCGUAUCUGCGCAGGGUGAUCUCGCCGCUUGAGAGUCUGUUGACCACAUACAAGAGAAUUGUCGUCAAGGACAGCGCGGUCAACGCUGUCUGCUAUGGCGCCAAACUGAUGAUUCCCGGUUUACUGCGAUUUGAGGCUGGUAUCGAGGUCCACGAAGAGGUUGUGCUAAUGACGACGAAAGGCGAGGCAAUCGCUCUUGGCAUUGCGUUGAUGUCAACCGUCGAGUUGUCUACCUGUGACCAUGGUGUCGUUGCCAAAGUUAAGCGGUGCAUCAUGGAGAGGGAUCUGUACCCGCGACGAUGGGGUAUGGGGCCUGUGGCCCUCGAGAAAAAGAAGAUGAAGUCUGAUGGAAAACUUGAUGUAUGGUCUUCUCCACUUCCUCUCAUCCGCUUUGGUGCUAACGUGUUACCACAGAAAUAUGGCCGACCAAAUGAAAACACUCCGGCCAAAUGGAAUGCUGAGUACACCGACUAUAGCGCCUCCGCCAAUGCAGAGGGCACCAAAUCCGCCCCCGUUGGGGAGACCACGUCCAGAGCCGAUGUCCUUUCCGCCCCACCUGUUGCCCCGAAUGGUGAGGCUGGUAAUCAAAUGGACCUUGAUGAGAAAGCAGCAGCAGAGCCUGCAACGACAAACGGCGAGUCAACUCCGAAGAUCAAGAAAGAAGAUAAGGACAAGAAGCGCAAGAGCAAACACGAAGGUGAGACGCCCGAAGAGAAAGCUGAGAGGAAACGGAGGAAAAAGGAAAAGAAGGAGAAGAAGGAGAAGAAGCGCGAGAGCGGGGUGAAGAAAGACGACAGUGAUGACAGCGAGUAA